AUGGCGAUCCGAGCGACUAUCCCUCUCCUCUUCCUUCUCGCGUCCGGUCUCCUCUUUGCCGGUGCCGUUGGGACCUCCAGGGAGGAGGAGAGCAGGCGCGGCGAGCACUCGCUGCGCGAGUGCCAGCAGCGGUGCGAGAGGGACCGCCCGAGCUACCAGCGCGCCCAGUGCGUGCAGGAGUGCAGGGACCAGCAGCAGCAAUGGGAGCACGAGCAGAGCCAUGGCCACGGCCAUCGCGGCGACCGUGAGCAUGAGCGUGAGCAGGAGCAGGGUCGCGGCGAUCGUGAGCAGGAGCAAGAGCAAGGUCGCGGCCGUCGCGGCGACCGUGAGCACGAGCAGAGCCAUGGCCACGGCCGUCGCGGCGAUCGUGAGCAUGAGCGUGAGCAGGAGCAGGGUCGCGGCCGUCGCGGCGAUCGUGAGCAGGAGCAGGAGCAAGGUCGCGGCCGUCGCGGCGACCGUGAGCAGGAGCACGAACAAGAUCGCGGCCGUCGCGGCGACCGUGAGCAGGAGCAGGAGCAAGGUCGCGGCCGUCGCGGCGACCGUCAGCGUGAGGGGCAGCAGGAGCAGGACAGCCGCCGGCCGUACGUGUUCGGCCCGCGCAGCUUCCGGAGCAUCGUGCGGAGCGACCAGGGCUUCAUCGAGGCCCUUCGCCCGUUCAACGAGGAGUCCAGGCUCCUCCGCGGCAUCAAGAACUACCGCGUCGCGAUCAUGGAGGUCAACCCACGCUCCUUCGUCGAGCCGGGGUACACUGACGCCGACGGCAUCGGCUACGUCGCUCAAGGCGAGGGGGUGCUGACGGUGAUCGAGAACGGCGAGAAGAGGUCCUACACCGUCCGUCAGGGCGAUGUCGUCGCGGCGCCGGCCGGGUCGAUCAUGCACCUGGCCAACACAGACGGCCGGAGGAAGCUGAUCAUCGUCAAGAUUCUCAACACCAUCUCCGUGCCCGGCCAGUUCCAGUAUUUCUUGGGCGAGUCGCUCGUGUCAAGCUUGAGCAAACGCGUCCAAAGAGCUGCUUUCAAGAGUUCGGAUGAGCGGCUGGAGAAGCUGUUCGGGAGGCAGGGCCGGAAGAAGCAGGGGUUCAUCGUCCGCGCCUCCCCGGAGCAGGUCCGGGAGCUCCGCCGCCACGCAUCCGAGGGCGGCCAGAGCCACCACUGGCCGUUCGGCGGCGACUCGCGCAGCACCUACAACCUCCUGGAGCAGAGGCCCACCAUCGCCAACCGCCAUGGCCGCCUCUACGAGGUCGACGCCCGCAGCUUCCGCGCCCUCGGCGACCAGGACGUCCGCGUCUCCUUUGCCAACAUCACCACUGGCUCCAUGACCGCUCCGUACUACAACACGCAGUCCGUCAAGAUCUCCGUGGUGCUGGAAGGCGAGGGCGAGGUGGAGAUCGUGUGCCCGCACCUGUCGCAAGACAGUGAGCGCCACCAACAAGGCCAGAGCGAGCGGGAGCAUCAGCAGAGAGGACAUGGCAGCGAGUCGGAGUCUGAGUCGGAGCAGCAGCAGCAGGAGAAGUACCAGACGAUCCGCGCGCGCGUGUCCCGCGGCUCGGCGUUAGUGGUGCCUCCCGGCCACCCCGCCGUUGCAAUCUCUUCGUCCCGCGGCAGCAACAACCUCCAGAUCGUGUGCUUCGAGAUCAACGCCCAGAAGAACGAGAGAGUGUGGCUCGCCGGGAAGAACAACGUGCUGGGGAAGCUGGACAGGCCUGCCAAGGAGCUGACGUUCGGCGCGCCCGCGAGGGAGGUUGACGAGGUGCUCGAGGCCCAGCAGGAGGAGGGCUUCUUCGCCGGACCAGAGCAGCAGCAGGGGCAUGGGGAGGAGGAAUGGCGCCACCGUGGUCGUGGGGAGGAGGCGGUGGAGAGUUUCCUGAGGAUGGCGACCGGUGCUUUCUGA